AUGGGGCCUAACCUGUUCUUGGCGGAAUUCGAUUCCGAGGCAGACAAAUCUCGUGUUGCCAAAGGAGGGCCGUGGACUCUGAGCAGGCAUGCAAUCUUACUUAAGGAUUUUGAUCCCACGGUGGAUCCAGAGGAUGUUGUUUUCAACGAGCUCCCUGUCUGGGCUCGUAUCAUGAAGCUGGGCUAUACGCUGAUGAAUUCUGAGCGUGUUGCUCCCAUUGCGGCGCGGCUUGGUAAGGUGGAGCGUAUGGAUGUAGAUGAGAAUGGUAAGGUUUGGGGCUCUUUUCUUCGAGUUAGAGUCUCCAUUGAUGCCUCUGAACCUAUCAUGCGGUGUGUGUCUGUGUUCUCAAAGAAGAAGAAUAUGCUGCUGAAUUAUGAUGUCAUGUAUGAGAAACUACCCAUGUUCUGUUUCUCCUGUGGGCGCUUGGGACACUCUUCAUUGCUGUGUCCGAACCCAGCGGAGAGGGAUGGUGAUGGGAAGCUGCCUUAUAGUGGCGACAAGUUGUGUGUUCGUGAGCUGAGGAAGCAGGAGGGUUCAGCCUCCAAUGACCAUUCCCAGUCGAGUAAAUAUUCAAGGAAUGGUACAGGGAUGGGGUCUGGUUCCCAGGCCCCGAUGCCACCCAAUGGGCAGAACAAUCCAGUGGAUGGAACGAAGGAGGUCUCUUCACCUCUCAAGAAAUCUCCUCGCCAGCGCAAACCAGCUGCUCCAAGGAAGUCGGCUGCCGCGGCAGCUGGGAAUCUGGAGUUAUCUCCCACUAAGGGAUGUGUGUCUGGCCAGAAAAGGAAGCAGACCAAGCGGGUGUAUCAACGAAAAAUCAUACCAAAUGGUCCGAUGGAGCCUGUGGAGGGUGCUUUGGUUGUGGCGGGUGACUUGGUGGUCACUGACCCGGAGAUGACCAGAGAAGGUGAGGAUAACUCAGAUGAUUCCAACAAGAACCAGAGGAAGGACUUCCCUAGAUCGGCGGAUCCGGCGGUGGCUGUUGAUCAGCCCCGCCAAACGCAAUGA